AUGCCUUUUACUUGUUCAGAUAUUAUUAAGAUUAUUGCUGCUAUCAUCUUACCACCACUUGGUGUCUUUUUGGAAACCGGUUGUAACAGCAGUUUCUUCAUUUCCAUCCUUUUGACUAUUCUUGGUUAUAUUCCAGGUAUCAUUUACGCGUUGUAUGUCAUUCUAAGGUACUGA